CACGUUAUGAGUUCCUUUCAAAGAAAGGUAUUCCACAGCAUGUACAGCGAUGGUAUGAUCUCAUAAAUGCGCAGCCAUUUAUCCAGAAAGUCUUGCAGACUUUGCCCGAAGAGGCUCGUACAGCAGCAAAACAUGCUAAACGCAGCAAUGGUGUUAAACUAAGCGAUUGCGAAAAUUCAGUUCUGCCUGGGUCAACGAAAACGAAUGAGCGCAAACAAGAGGGUAAAUUCAUUGAAUUACCUGGUGCAGAGAUGGGAAAAGUUGUUGUGCGUUUUCCUCCGGAAGCGUCUGGCUAUCUGCAUAUUGGACACGCUAAAGCAGCAUUAUUAAACCAAUACUAUGCUUUGAACUUCAACGGAAAACUAAUAAUGCGAUUCGACGAUACAAAUCCUGCUAAGGAAACGGUUGAGUUUGAAGAAGUCAUUUUAGGAGAUGUCGAACUAUUGCAAAUCAAACCGAAUCUCUUUACUCAUACGUCCAACUACUUUGAUUUAAUGUUGCAAUAUUGCGAGCAGAUGAUUACAGAGGGAAAAGCAUAUGUAGACGAUACACCUGCGGAACAAAUGAAACUUGAGCGGGAACAGCGAAUUGAAUCAACCAAUCGUUCAAAUGAUGUUGAAAAAAAUCUAUUACUGUGGCAGGAAAUGAAAAAUGGCACUGAAAUUGGACAAAAAUGCUGCGUUCGUGCAAAAAUUGACAUGUCUUCACCAAAUGGUUGUAUGCGGGAUCCAACAAUAUAUAGAUGUAAGAACGAACCUCAUCCACGCACGGGAACAAAAUACAAGUAAAUGCCAAAUAAGAUAGUUGAAA